AUGUCGGCCUUUGACAACGCGGACACCCAGAGCCCCAACGCCAUGGCUGCUGAGACGGCCUCGCCGAAGGGGGAAUCUCCCUCGAGAAGCAAUGGCGUGCCCGCCAAAUCCCGCAGUCACUCUCCGCUCAAGAAGGAAUUAUCCUCCGAGGCAGACCCGAACAUUAUGGAGGUCCCGAAGCUCGAAGAGAAAAUCGGCGGCGACAUUAUCCUCAAGCAGGAGCCCGGUCAACCCCCGAAACUCACGCGCAGAGAAUCCCAGCGAGUCGUCUCCCGGCCCCCUCAGUUGUGGGCACAUCUGCCCGACAGCACCAGCGACGCGCUGGCCACCUUUGAACAGAUCGAGGCAUGCUGGUAUGCGAACAAGUACAUGGGCUAUACGGAACAUGCGAUGGAAUGUGAUUGCGCUGAAGAGUGGGAGCCGGAACUUGGCCAAAAUCUUGCAUGCGGUGAGGAUUCGGACUGCAUCAACCGCGCCACCAAGAUCGAGUGUGUGGGUGACUGCGGCUGUGGAGCAAACUGCAAAAACCAGCGAUUCCAGAAGAAACAGUACGCCCAAGUGUCUGUCAUCAAAACCGAGAAGAAGGGAUUUGGGCUGCGUGCAGAGACCAAUCUGGAGCCACACCAGCUGAUCUUCGAGUAUGUCGGCGAGGUUGUGGGCGAGGCGCAAUUCCGACGGCGCAUGAGGAACUAUGACGAGGAGGGCAUCAAGCAUUUCUACUUCAUGUCCCUGAACAAAGGCGAGUUUGUCGACGCUACUAAAAGAGGCAAUCUCGGCCGCUUCUGCAACCAUUCGUGCAAUCCCAACUGCUAUGUCGACAAGUGGGUGGUUGGGGAGAAGCUGCGCAUGGGCAUCUUCGCCGAGCGCGCCGUGCAGCCGGGGGAGGAAUUGGUGUUCAACUAUAAUGUUGACCGCUACGGCGCGGAUCCUCAACCCUGCUACUGUGGCGAGCCGAACUGCACGGGAUUUAUUGGCGGCCGCACUCAGACGGAGCGCGCGACCAAACUGUCGAAUGCCACGAUCGAGGCUUUGGGUAUCGAGGAUGCAGAGGCUUGGGACACGGUCGUUGCACGACGUCCGAAGAAAAAGAAGACCGAGGAAGACGACGAGGAAUACGUGGACAGUGUGCAGGCCAAGUCUCUGGACGAGAAUGGCGUGACCAAGGUGAUGGCAGCUCUCAUGCAGUGCCAGGAGAAGUGGAUUGCGGUCAAACUGCUGGGGCGAAUCCAGCGCUGCGAGGACGAGCGAGUCCGGAACCGGGUGGUCAAGAUGCACGGCUACCAGAUCUUGAACUCGCAGCUCGGCAUGUGGAAGGAGGACCAGAAUGUGGUUUUGCAGGUCUUGGACAUCUUGGACAAGUUCCCCCGACUCACACGAAACAAGAUCAUCGACUCCAAGAUCGAGACGACCAUCCAGCCGCUGACAACCUGCGGCGACGAACGCGUGGAAAAGAGGGCCGUUGGACUGCUGGCGAGCUGGGCGAAUCUGGAGGUUGGGUAUCGCAUCCCGCGCAUGAAGCGAGGCGAGCAAAUCAAACAAGCCGUCAACCAGUUCGAGCGCCGCGAGUCGGGGCGUGAAGAACGCCAACGGACAGCUACACGGUCCCCAUCACCCUCGUACGAGACUUCCAGUCGACCAAAACAAUCACGGAGGGAGCGAAAUCAGCAUCACAACCGGCCUCGGCAGAACCGCCGUCCACGUCCUCUGCCCGAGGGAUGGUACACAGCUGAGGACGAGAAGGGCCGUACCUACUACUACUCGGCCACGGGCGAAACAACGUGGAAAAGACCAACCGAGCCUCCGCCCCCGCCACCCCAGAAGCUCAGGAACAUGGCUCUGCAGAGCAUCAUUGACGGGAUCAUCAACUCGCAAGAAAAGACCCCGUCCGAGAAGAAAACCGAGAGUCCUGCAACACCCCAACCAGCCGCAGAAAAACCGGAGAAAAAGAAAAAGAAGGAUCCGGAUUGGUGGAAGAGUCUUUCUCUGGAGAAGCAGAAAAAGCUCUACGAGAACACCCUCCACCCCUACAUCAAGCACGUCGUCGACCAGUACAAGCACAAAAUUCCCAAGGAUCACCUGAAACGGUUCGCAAAGGAGACAGCCAAGAAACUGGUCGAGGGCGACUACAAGAAGAACCGGGUGGCCGACCCAACGCGGAUCAGCGAGAAACACCAGCAAACAGUCAAAAACUACUGCAAGAACUUCUUCGACAAGGCCGCCGCCAAACACAAGGAGCGCGAGAAGCGCAAGGCACGGAAAGCGGGACAGACGGGCACUGACGGUCCCGCUAACGAAGACACGAAGAUGUUGUCAGACGAUGAGGCCGACGCACACGCUGUGGAGGCUUCGCCGAUGGAUGAUGACGAUGACGAUGCCGCCUCGGCUACUCUCAAGCGCAAGCGACCCGCCGAUGCUGCGUCCCCGGAGAACGAUGAAGAUGGUGAUGGUGAUAGCUCCCCGUCGAAACGACAAAAAUCCAUUCCUCCCACGCCGCCUCCGCCUCCUCCACCUCCUCCCGAGGGCGAUGGUGAUGGCGAUGUUGAUGGAGACGGUGAAGACGACAGCAGUCCCGCGAACGCAGAUGAUCGGUCCCCGUCUACAGGGACGGGGACGGGGACGGGAACGGGAACGGGAUGCGGCAUCAUGGAGAACGAGAUGAAGCCCUCUUCGCAGAUUGGCAUUGAAGGCCGGGUAUGA